AUGGAUGUCCCCGAGCCGGAGCAGUCGCCCUUCACCGCCGUCACGGCGCACACCUCCAAAUUGACCCGGCAAUAUCAAGCUUAUCUUGACGCCUCGACCCCCUACACUACUUAUCGCUGGGUUGGCUCCGCCGCGCUUCUCCUCAUUUUUUUCCUGCGUAUCAUCCUCUCACAAGGAUGGUACAUCGUUGCCUACACCCUCGGCAUCUACCUUCUGAACCUUUUCCUCGCCUUCCUCACCCCGAAAUUUGAUCCUUCUCUCACCCAAGAUGAGGGCCUAGAGGACGGCGAUGCGGGCGCUCCCAGCCUUCCCACCAAGAAGGACGAGGAGUUCCGGCCGUUCAUUCGUCGUCUUCCGGAGUUCAAGUUCUGGCAUUCAGCUACUCGUGCUAUCGCCAUUGGCUUUGUGUGCAGCUGGUUCUCGAUCUUCGAUAUCCCCGUGUUCUGGCCGGUCCUGGUUAUGUACUGGAUCAUUCUCUUUGUCUUGACCAUGCGUCGACAGAUUCAGCACAUGAUCAAGUACCGCUACGUGCCCUUCUCGUUCGGCAAGACCCGAUAUGGUCGUUCAUGA